GCUCGCACUUCUUGGGACAAGGAGUCAAGUGAAAUACGCUACAAGAGGCUUCAACAUUUGCUUGAAAAAAGCAACAUCUAUUCCAAAUUCUUGCUAACCAAAAUGGAACAGCAGCAACUAGAGGAACAAAGGAGGAAAGAGAAGUUAGAAAAAAAGAGAGAGAUGAUGUUAAAAUCUGCCAAGGGUCAAAAUCCAGUUGAUGGCAAAGAGGAGAAAUCAGGUGUAAAAAAGAAGAGAGGGAGAGAAGAUGGGACAUACAACAUCUCAGAAAUUAUGUCCAAAGAGGAAAUUUUAUCUGUGGCAAAAAAACGUAAAGUGGAAAAUCAGGAUGAAAGCUCUUCUGACAACCUGUGUCCGGAAGACCUGCAGAAAAAUGGAGAGUCAAAUAGCGUCAUUAAGGAUAGAUUGUGUCAAGCUGUACGACACAGUGCCAAGCAAUUCCUUGAUCCAGUGCGGAAAUUUAAUGGACAACCAGUGCCUUUUCAGCAGCCAAAGAUUUUUACUGGCGGUGUAAUGAGGUGGUACCAAGUGGAAGGCAUGGAGUGGCUAAGG